AUGACAUAUGCCAAAGUUAUAUUUUCCUCCAUAUUAUACCUUGCGAUCCUCUCUGCCUUCCUCAUCUUGUCUACCUCCGGAGCUGGGGUUCCUCCUGGCAGUCUGGGGCUAACGGACUCAGAACCAGGGGGAAUAAAUAAGCUUGAUCUGAGGGACAGCGCUCUCGUGGGCAUCCCCCUUGAUACGCGACCUGAUGCAAGCGAUAAACCUCCGGCUACUGGUCAGGUCACACCAGACAUCCCAAUGGUGGAGAUCUGGUACCAUAUACGCGACAACGCCGAGAACGGUCACACCGCGGUCAGCGGUAUGGUGAGGCUAAGGCGCGCCAUUCAAGGGACUGCGUACGGCCGCGAGAAGGCAAACUUCACUGAGGCCGCUAACGGACCACCUCUGAAAGCCUUUUUCUCUAGUUCGCGACCUCUUCUAUACGUCAAGCUCUGCGGAUAUAGCAAUAUUGGGAACUACUUCGCCUUCGCAACACUUCUUCUCGUCUCCUGGUUAAUCCUCGAGAUUGUAUACUACAUAGCGGGUUCCAACCAAACGUUAGAUUUACCGGACAGUAGCCCGACAAUUACACCUGAACGUAGGGUGCCCUCUGAGGAUGCGUUCUGGUUUACGGCGGCGGUAUGCGCGGGGAUAUUUGUCCUGAUGAUUGUCGUGAAUGCAUCGAUGGUUGUGCUGGGCAAGGGGGACUCCUUGUUCGAAGAGGUGGUGAUAGCAUCCUUCGCGGUGGAGAGUUUAUCUUUGGCUGUGUUUCAAGGCUGUUUCAAUUUAAGAGGACUGGUCUAUGCUAUGCUAGUGUUUACUUUGAUCACUCAGACUUGGUUCUAUGUGAGACUAUUCUCCCAUCAGGACCUCUCGCUCUCGAAGAAGUCCAGUUGGACCGAGAUGCUACCUUGA